AUGAGCUCAAAGGAUAAGUUUUAUCCGCAACAAACAGGUGAAGCUUUCCGAGAAUUAUCUUCUUCCUCCGCAAUCGACUUGACAAGGACCCCUGCUGGUAUCGCUUCCGCACCGCCCUCACCAUCCCUCGAACCAGAUAACGCUUUCUCGCGACGUAGACUCAGCCGUGGAAGGCAGGACUUUGUUGGGCCGGACCCUACCCCAUUACAAAAACUUGAACUGCCUCUGCCGAAGGUUAAACUGGCGUACCGAGACCAACCCUUUCAUCCUAUCAGCUCCAGUGACCGUGACGACCCUUUCGAUUCUUCUACGGAUGAACACCCUCACCAUUAUAGUCGCUUCCCGGGCCUUUCUCGGCACUACAAAUCUCAUAGCUACUCUACCGCGCAUUCGGGACCAUCAACAACUUCGUUGCUAGCCGGAGUCAUCCCUAACGAGAUGGAAGGACAAAGAGAGGACGAUGAGGCUAGGUUGACAACGAACAUGUCGAGGAAUCCUACAGAACAGGCAUGGAGGGAUUCUGCAGAUAUGGAGCAGGGAGCAGGUGAUUUGUCUCGUCUACGAAGGAGAACGGUUAGAACGUACAGUGCUACACCUUCGCCGAUGAAAAGGACAGAGACCGUGUUGAAGACGGUGUCAAAUAACUUGCGACGCAUGUCCCUUCGCGUGGUGAACCUUCGAGGAGCUGGGUUAGAAAACCAGAUCAGACUAGCAGAUGAUGAUGGUACCGAGAGCAAGGGCGAAGAAGAGGAUUUACCAGACCUCAGCAAGAGUAUGCCUAUACGUGGAAGAACUAUCUGCUGUUUUGGGCCCAAUAACAGGUAUCGACUGGCCCUUUAUCAAUUUUUGGUUCAUCGAUGGACCGAACCGUCCAUACUUUUCUUAAUAAUUGUUAACGCUAUAGUGUUGACAAUACAAGGUGCUCGGUCCUUGACUCUCGACGAUACAUUGGAUGCACCGCAAAGGAAGGGUUAUUUUCGUACAUGGGAGGACUGGGUCCUGUUUGCUUUAUUUACUAUAUUCACCUUCGAAGCGUUUGCUCGAAUAUGUGUUUCCGGAUUCUUGUUCGAUCCCGAUAUACCCGCCUCAACGUUCUUUACUGCUCCUUUUUCAUCUCAGGUCGAUAUGCCGAUUAUGUCCUCCACCCACUCCGCUACCACCACUUCCACUAGUUUAGCUCGACAAGCUUCACUUACUCAGGGCGCUGGAGGACCACUUUCGCGUGGCCUCACUAUCUCGCAACGUCUGGACAGGCUUGAGAGAAACCUGAAAAGACCUUGGCAACUUCGUCACCACAGUGGACUUGCCUCUUCUGCCGCUAACGGCGCACCAAACCACCAACCUCAAAUCUCCAACUCACUCACCGAGAAACUCUCAGGAGUCCACAAUGUUAUCCGAGAACCUCCCCAACGUACACUUCUCUCCAACUUACUGAAAUCCGAUACAAAGAGUUCCAACGACAUCAUCUCCCUCCCAUUUCGGCUGAGCAUUGAACAAGUAACCGAUAAGACUGCAAGAAAUGUGCCGUACUUGCGACAUAGCUGGAGUAGAAUUGACUUUGUCGCGAUUGUCAGCUUUUGGAUAUCUUUCGCAUUAGCAAUGGCCGGAAAAGAAUUUGGAAAACAUCACAUCGGUAUUUUCAGAGCAAUGAGCGUGAUUAGAACGGCGAGAUUGCUAGCUAUCACGAGCGGUACCACCACGAUUAUGCAUUCUCUCAAGACUGCAAGACCGUUAUUGACAAGCGUAGCGUAUUUCGUUCUCUUCGCUAUGGUUCUCUUCUCUGUAAUCGGUAUCCAGUCAUUUAAGGGUUCAUAUCGACGAGCGUGCUAUGUAUCCCCUAUCCUGGGAGAGGAAGAGAACGCCCUUGGACAAACUUGUGGAGGUUACAUCAACAGCACGACGCUUGGAACGGUCUCAUACAUUACUAGCGGUGGUUUUCAGUCCGAAUCUCAACCCAAGGGAUAUAUCUGUCCUCUCGGACAGAUUUGCCGAGAGGCUGAGAAUCCUCACAAUAACAUUGAAAGCUUCGACACCAUCUAUUACGCUGCGUUACAGGUUGUUGUUAUUGCCUCUGCAAAUGGGUGGAGCCCACUGAUGUAUAAUAUGAUAAGCUCAGAGUUCUUCGUUUCGAGCAUAUUCUUCAUCAUCUGUGUCGUCAUUCUCAAUUUCUGGCUCAUUAAUCUCUUCGUUGCUGUUAUCACGAACACCUUCUCUGCAAUCCGUUCGGAAACCAAACGAAGUGCCUUCGGUGCUGCUGCUCUACCACCGUUACCCGAGGAUCAGGACGAUGAAUGGCCAGAUGGGCGACGCCAGAAGAAGUCAAACUGGCUCAAAAUAAGCUAUUAUUACAGUAAAUGGUUUUGGGUGCUGCUUGCCCUCACCUCUCUCGUUCUUCAAGCCACUCGGACUCCGGAUUCCUCUGACAUGCAUCAGCAACUCAUGUUCUGGGGCGAACUCGUCAUAACCCUGUUAUUCGACGUUGAGAUGGUUUGGAGGUUUCUUGCCGUUUUACCUGACUGGAGGAUGUUCUUGUCACGAGCUCAAAACUGGCUGGAUCUCACCUUGGCCCUUGGGUCGUCAAUUAUUCAAAUACCGUUUAUCAGAAAGUCGACCUUGUACCCGUGGUUCACCAUUUUCCAACUUGGAAGAUUCUAUCGUGUCAUCUUAAUCGUUCCAAGGAUGAAACCGUUGCUCCUCGCAGUGUUCGGGAACAUGUAUGGUCUAAUCAACAUGUCCCUCUUCGUCAUUCUAGCCAACUACAUCGUGGCACUUUUUGCUAUCCAAUUCCUUCGUGGAGAUAUGAAUGACGACAAUACCAUUAACUUCGGGGAGAUCUUCAAUGCUUACCUGGGCGUUUACCAAAUUUUCUCCUCAGAGAAUUGGACAGACGUUCUGUAUGAUGCUGCGGAUGCGGAAAUCAGGCUAGGACAAACGAGCAUCGCAGUCUUGUUUCUGUCAGGAUGGAUGUUAUUCGCCAACUUCAUUGUUCUGCAGAUGUUCAUCGCUGUCAUCAACGAGAACUUUCAAGUGGCAGAGGAGCAGAAGAAAAGCAAACAGGCGUCACACUACUGGGCGACUCAUCGAGUACAAGCCGGAAGAGCUACGUGGAUGCGUCGCCUUAAUCCUUAUCGCUGGGUUAAAGCAAAUCCUGUGAAGGUCAAAGUUGAUAAUCUUCCCUCCAAUCUUGUUUUGCCGAUGAAAAAAACGCUCGUCCAAGAUUAUAGUGGACCCUCUCGACUAGAUAGGAGCUCGAACACAGACCGCACUGCCGGAAGUAGUGCUCGCCAUGGAAUGCGGCACUAUACGAACAAGUCUCUAACCACCUUGCAAAAGUUAUUCGCGGGAGAUCCGAAAACUGAGGACGUUCCUUUGGCGACGAUUAAGCAUAACCGAAGCGAAACCUUGGGUGCAUCGGGGGACCAGACAUUGGAGCGUCAUCUGGAACUCCUCGCCUCCGUCAAUCCUGAAGUCCUUAAUGACGACGAUAUUGACGACGUCAUCUUCGAGAAAAGAGCUCAAAAGGCUGACUUUAUUCGGAAUCACCCCACCUAUGAUAAGACCUUUUGGCUGUUCUCUCAGAAGAACCGUCUUCGCAGCCUUUGCCAGAAAGUUGUGCAACCUGCCAAUGGCCCACGUAUCUUCGGGACACCGCAUUCUCCCAUCGGGCACCCGGUGUUCCAGAUCAUCGUGUUUUUCGCAGUUGUAGGUGGUAUAGUCACGGAGAUCAUUGCAACACCGAUAUAUCGUCGGAACUACUUUGCAACAUACGGUAGGAAGGUAGCGUGGUUCGACUACGCUGAAGCCGCGUUCGGAGUGACUCUGUUCAUCGAAUAUAUCAUCAAAGUGGUCGCCGAUGGUUUCAUGUUCACACCCAAUGCCUACAUCAAGAGCGUAUGGAAUUGCAUUGAUUUGGCUAUCCUUGUCGGCCUCGCAGUCAAUGUCACUACUGGCCUGUUGGUGAUUGGAGGACUGAGCAGGCUGACACGGUCGCUCAAAGCUCUCCGAGUACUGCGGCUCAUAACUCUAUUCGACCGCAUGCGAAAUUCCUUCCAAUUCUUGAUUAUAUCUGGUGCCAGCCGUAUCCUAGACGCUGCCGUCCUGGCGCUGUUAUACAUGAUUCCAUAUGCAGUAUGGGGUCUCAAUAUCUUCGCGGGAACGAUGAACCAGUGUAACGAUGCCGACGUAGAGACUUCAUUGUCGUGUAUCGGGGAGUUUAGUAACACUCCGGUGGUCGAUGGCAAGUUUGGGUUUCUUACUCCCCGCGUUUGGGACAAUCCUGCACCGUCCACCAAGUUUUCCUUCGACGACUUUAGAUCUUCCCUUCUUAUCCUGUUCGAAAUCGUUUCGCUCGAAGGUUGGAUAGAUGUCUUGGGGAUUGCGAUGAGUGUGGUGGGGAAAAAUCAACAACCGCAGACGAAUGUUUCACAAGGAAAUGCCAUUUUCUUCCUAGUUUAUCACCUCAUAGGAGGAGUGGUGAUAUUAACACUGUUCGUCAGUAUCAUUAUCGGAAAUUUCAGUUCUAGAACUGGUACCGCUUUCCUUACCCAGGCGCAAAGAGAAUGGAUUGACUUGCAGAAACUAUUCAAACGACAACGACCCUCUAAACGGCCCACAAAGCGACCAGCUGGUGUUCGCGGUUGGUUUUUCGAUCGGGCCGUUCGCAAACACGGUUGGUGGUCGAGAGGAAUGACUUUUCUGUUCAUUCUGCAUGUUAUUGUACUGAUGACGCAGACAUAUACGAGUCAACAAGUUGCGGACACGUUGAGAAAUGAUUUCUUCCUUGCCAUAACGUGUGUCUACAUCAUAGACGUGUUCGUCCGCCUUAUUGGGCUGGGCUGGAGGAGCUUCCGGUCCAACGGUUGGAAUUUGUUUGAUGUAGUUGUCAUGCUGGGCAGUUUCCUAUCAACGUUUAUCGUGCGCUUUGGCAACGCGGGAUUUUUGGCUCAGCAAUUACAGAAGCUGUUCCUCGUCAGCAUUGCCUUCAAGUUGGUGCAACGUACGAACAGUCUGAACAGAUUGUUCAAGACGGCCAUGGCGAGCUUACCAUCCAUAUUGAGCCUUCUGCUACUCUGGCUGAUAUUCUUCGGAUUCUUUGCCAUUCUCAAGGUGGAAGUUUUUGGUUUGACGAAGUGGGGUUCGGGAGAGAAUGUCAACCAGAACUACUCAUCAAUAAGUGCUGCAUUGGUGAUGCUAUCCUUUAUGAGUACUGGGGAAGGCUGGAACCAUGCAUUGGAAUAUCCACGGUGCACGAAUUCCUCGGAACUCGAAACGGAGUCCGAUUGCGGAAGCAUUGCCUGGGCUUUCGCAUUGUUCAUUGCCUGGAAUAUUCUGAGCAUGUAUAUUUUCGUUAACCUGUUUACUGGUGUUGUUGUCGACAGUUUUUCUUACGUCUUUCAAACGACCGGUGGCGCAAAAGCCAUAACUAGAGAACAGAUGCGCUCGUUCAAGAAAAUUUGGGCUGAGUUCGCCAAUCCGAAAACAGAGCACCUAGAACGACAGGACUUCGUCCGUUUCUUUGGGAAACUCAGUGGUGUCUUCGAAGUCCGGAUAUAUCCAUUGGAAUACAGUAUUCCGAGUAUUUUGUCGGCCUGCAAGGACCCCUCGAUGCAGUACGGACUCAAUAUGAGUAUGCUCAACCGAAUUUUAAGCUCCAUCGACUAUGCCGCAAUCAGGAAACGGAAAGCCAUAUACAGUCGACUGUACCAUGAAGCUUGCAUUGCCUAUCAACCGGGCAAAGGCAUUUCUUUCACUGAUAUGCUUCUCCUUCUUGCCCAUCACAAAUUAAUAGUAGACCAUGACGCCUUAAUUCUCAAUGAUUUAGUAGUCAGAACGGAAACAAACCGACUGGUUACUGACUUGGUCAAUCUCGACCGUGUUCACUCCCUACUCCGGACUAUUUCCCAUCGCCGUCGAUUUCUGGCACACUUGGAACGCAAACGUUUGUUGAUUCUUGAACAGUCACAAGACAUUCCUGCUAUUAUCGUGGAUCCCACACCCGAAACUCCCCAAUCGACUCGGGACAUUUCGGCUAUAUAUGAUUCAGCCCCACCUUCACCAACACCUGAUCGGAGAUUUCCCGGUCAUGAUUCUAUUCCUCUUGAUAGAAAUUCCAUUGGCAGUCCAGGUUCAGGCCUUCAAAGAAGCAGUCGGCGUGUUAGUGACAUCAGUAUGUUAUCGACGGAUUUGGGAUCAAGAUACCCGAGAGAUUCAAUAUCUGACGAAGAUCCCCAACUUGUGCUGUCAUCUAUGCAGAAUUCCAUGUGGGGAGAUUUGAUGUCUGAAGCUAUGAAUGCGGAGAAUCAAAACGGGCAUUAG